AUGAAGACUGCUUUAAUUUUGCUCAGCAUUUUGGGAAUGGCCUGUGCUUUCUCAAUGAAAAAUACUCAUCGAAGAACCAAAUUAGAGGAUUCUGAAGAAAAUGGGGUCUUUAAGUACCGGCCACGAUAUUCUCUUUACAAGCAUGCCUACUUUUAUCCUCCUCUAAAACGAUUUCCAGUUCAGAGCAGUAGUGACUCAUCUGAAGAAGAUGGAAAUGGUGACAGCUCAGAAGAGGAGGAAGAAGAGGAGAAUUCAAAUGAAGAAGAAAACAAUGAGGAGAAUGCAAAUUCUGACGAAAACGAAGAUGAAGAAUCUGAGGCUGAGAACACCACCCUUUCUACCACACCUGGCUAUGGAGAAGAGACCACACCUGGAACAGGGUAUAUAGGUCUAGCUGCAAUGCAACUUCCCAAGAAGGCUGGGGAUAGAGGACACAAGGCUACAAAAGAGGAGGAAAGUGAUGAAGAAGAAGAGGAAGAUGAAAAUGAAGCAGAAGUGGAUGAAAACGGGCAGGGCAUAAAUGGCACCAGCAGCAACAGCACAGAGGCAGAAAAUGGCAAUGGCAGCAGUGAUGGAGACAAUGGAGAAGAAGGUGAAGAAGAAAGUGUCACUGAAGCCCAUGCAGGAGGAACCACAGUGGCUGGAAAGCAGGACAACGGUGGCUCGAAGACAACAACCUCUCCAGAUGGUGGGUUUGAACCUACGACUCCACCACCAGAGCUCUAUGGGACUACCACCCGACCAUCUGGGGAAGCCACCCCCCCCCGGUAUGAGGGAGAAUAUGAACAAACAGGCACUAACGAAUACGACAAUGGAUAUGAAGUCUAUGAAAAUGAAAAUGGGGAACCUCGUGGGGAUAAUUACCGAGCCUAUGAGGAUGAGUACAGCUACUAUAAAGGGCGCAGCUACGACGGCUAUGAUGGUCAAGAUUACUACUACCACCAUCAGUGA